UAUUUUGGGGAUGCGAUAGAUUCGCGAUUGUUUGACCUGAGUUUACUGUGAGAAAAAGUGCCAUGUUCGCGAAUAAAUUUCCGCGCUAUCCGAAUUGUCCGUGUGGACUCGUGGUGAUCGUGAAGAAAGACGAGACUGAGAUCGUGAAGCCAGUGCCGCUGAAAUCAACCAAAGUCGACUUCACAAUUUUAGACUGCUACGCAGAAGUUCGAGUCACUCAGGUGUAUUGUAACGCCGAGGCAGUUCCUAUUGAAGCGGAAUACCUAUUCCCCCUUGAUGACAAAGCGGCAGUAUUCGAGUUCGAAGCAGAUAUUGACGGUCGAAAAGUACAUGGCCAAGUGAAAGAACGUGAACAAGCAAAUGCGGAUUAUCAGCAUGCGAUUCAACAAGGAUUCACAGCAGCAUUGCUGGAAAAGAAAAAGCCGGACAUUUUCAAGGCGAAAAUCGGCAACUUGGGUCCUGGCGUCAAGGCAAUUGUUACAAUAAGCUACUUGGCUGAAUUAUUGGUGGAUGGUGAGAAUCAGCGAUUUAUUCUCCCCACCACGAUUGCCCCGAGGUACGUUCCUAGAAGCAGCUCCGAUAAGGCGGAUGAAUUGGAGAUCGGAGCCAUUGAAUUCACCAAGUAUUCCCCGUGUCAACUGCUAAUCCGAGGGAAGGUGUUGGCCAGAACGGAAAUCGUGGAAAUCGUUUCCCCGACGCAUAAACUCGACGUCACCAAGGGCGUCGCUGGAUCCCAUUCAGCUACUUUGGAACUUUCAGGACUGACGACUGACAUGGACAGGGACUUGAUUGUUCUAGUCAAAGUUGCUGAACCGCAUCAACCGCGUGUCUUCGUCGAGGUCGAUGAUGCGAACAACAGCGUAGCUGCCAUGGUAACACUUGUGCCGUCGUUCAAACUGAAGGACGAAAAAGCGGAAAUCGUGUUCAUUAUUGACCGUUCUGGUUCCAUGCUCGGCGAAAAGGUUGAAAUGGCAAAAAACGCUCUGAAGUUGUUUUUGAAAUCUUUGCCGACGGAUUGUUACUUCAACAUUGUUGGCUUCGGGUCAGCGUAUGCUGCUUUGUUCACGGAGGGUAGUGCGAAGUACGACGGGGAAUCGCUCCAAGCUGCGAUGCAUUAUGCGGACACACUUCAUGCCAAUAUGGGCGGUACGGAAAUUCUUCAGCCCCUUCAGUUCGUCUACGAACAGGCCGUGAAGGAUGGAUAUAAACGUCAAGUCAUCGUGUUGACCGAUGGAGAGGUGUCGAAUGUUGAAGCUGUGCUGAAGUUGGCACAAAAAAAUAACAAGAAGUCGCGGACGUUUUCCCUUGGCAUUGGGAGUGAUGUGUCCCAUGGACUCGUGCGAGGAAUUGCCAGACACGGGCUCGGAACAAGUGCAUUCUGUUCGCUUGAUGAGCGUUUGGAAACCAAAGUACAGCAACAGCUUGCGAAUUGUUUCCAGCCAGCUCUAGAAAACGUCAGAAUAUCUUGGGGAAAGCUAUGUUCGAAUGAAAAAGUACCCGCGACAGAAACUGAAGAGAAGCGAACGUUGCUGGGUUUCGGCAAGCCGAAGAAGGACAAGGGCGAUUCUGAAGAUGGAGUCGUCGAUGAAGUCUCGUCAUUCGUAGCUGCUCCUUGGAUCGUGCCUCAAAUAUUCGAUGGCAGUAGGUUCACUCAGCUUUGCAUGUUUCCCAAAUCGCUGCUGGGUGAGAAACAAGACUUUUCAUCGGUAUUGGGACCGGUUGUCAUUCAUGCUGAUGCACCCGAUGGCCCACUUACGGUGGAGUUGCCUGUUGAUGGUGAAGGAGUCACCAAAGGAAACACGAUUCACAGAUUGGCGGUCAAGAUGAGAAUUCAAGAUUUAGAAGAGGGUACGAGUGAGUUGCACGAGAAUCUGGACGAAAUGCAGGAUUGGGAGAGGAGGCAAGCCGUUGAGAAGAAGGUUAAAGAAGCUCUUGUGAGUUUGUCUACUAAAUACGGAAUUUUAAGUCGAGAAACGGCCUUCAUCGCAGUAGACAGCACCAAGUCAUCGACAACUGACGGUGCCAUAACGAUGGAAACGAGGAAAGUGCCUUCGCAAAUGCCAUACGGUUAUGGAGGAGGUGGAAUGAUUGGAGGUGCCAUCCCUCAAUAUGCCAUGUUCUGCGCAAAUUCUAUGCCAAUGUGUGCUCCUCCGCCGCCUGUCGGAGGCAUGAUGCUCAAGCGAGUGGCGAGAUGCGCAAAAUCUACGGACGUGCUGGCCAGAGGGAGUGUGAUGGCUUUCGAAAGUGGACCAUUGCCAUGCAGUGGUCCACCACCUUUCCCACUUGGAGCACCGUUUGCGGGUGUGCGGUACGAUUCGGUCGUUCCUCAGCAAUUCGAAGACGAAUCCCUGGGUUUCGGCGGUGUUCCAUCCCAGCCCGAAGGAAUUCAGAAGCCGGGAGUUCCGUUGGUAUGGGACGAUGAAUCCAAAUUGAGGGCACUGGUUGAUUUACAACUGUUCGACGGUUGUUUUGACGUCACGGAAAAAUUGGCGGAAGUGCUGAAGACUGACGAAGCUAACAUUCGGAAAGGUGCGAGCGACAAUAAGCUCGAUGCAGACGUAAUCAUCUGGGCAACUGCCCUUGCGGUGGCAUUCAUGCAGCUGGAAUUGAUUGAACUCCAGGAUGACUGGCAGCUGAUGUUCAACAAGGCGAAGCAAGGGAUUCAGUUGCGUCUGGAAGCCGCAAAGGCAUCAAUUACGCUAGAAGAUGUCCUCAAGUUGGCUGCUGAAAUUAAAAAAAAGAACAAGUAUUUGCGUAUAAAAGAAGAAUCAGACGAUGCCCUGCCAAUGACUCGACAUACGGACAGACAUGACAAAGACACGCGUACGUGUGAACCGCAGCGGAUGGAAGAGAGCAUUGCUCAAGAACUCGGGGCUGCGGACGAGAUAAAAGUCGCUCACUCGCCUCCCCGAGGACCCGGACCCCACAGUCCAUCUCAAAAACUCAGUAUUCCGCUAUUCCUGCUCGUCGCAUCGGCCGCAGCCCAGCAAAGUGCAUCAGCAGGAGACGAACCCCAGCAACCCGGAACGAUUCGCAGGGGCAAAGUCCGUAGGGUCAAGAAGCUUCGCCAGCAGCAAUCCGGAAACGAUUUCCGCUCGAGUCCCCAGCAACAACAACAACAACAACAAAAACAAUUCAUUGCUCCAGCGUCAUUGGGUCAACUCCCAACACUGCCACCCAUCACUGGUGCUGGCAACCCCAAUAAUUUCCUGCCACCGCAACAACAGGUCAGCAGCAGUAGUGAUGUCGGGAACAGUGCUGGUCCGAAUGCGGUCUUCGCUCCGGAACAGAAAUUUGACAAAGGUGCCUCAGCACCGACCCGGGGUCCUCCAGUCCCGAUUUACAACCAAAAUUUCAAGAUCGACGAUGUCGGCAACUAUCAGUUCAACUUUGAAACCGGUGACCAGGUGCAAAGAGUCGAAUCCGGCCAGCAAGUGACCCGCGGAGAAGGGAAAUUCCAGGCCAUCGAAGGCAGCUACUCCUACACCGGCUCAGACGGAAAGCAGUACACUGUCCGAUACACCGCAGAUGAAAACGGCUUCCGACCCGUCGGUGACCACAUACCCCGCUUACCACGUUGCACGACUUCUUACACUGCGAAUUAA